CACCCUCCUGCAGCGCGUGCGCAUCUAUUUUCGUUUAGGAUAUGAUCCUGACACGCGCAGCAGUCAAACCAACUAUUCUGAUCGUGUGGUCGUUCGAUUUAUAAAACUAAAUUGUAUUGAGAGCAAUUGUGUUAUUAGGACGGAGAGUUUAAUGAACUGUGUGCGUGCGAAAAUCGUCUAAAAAUAUUUUUGACUAACGCGCGAGUGUAAACUCAAUUUCCUGUCGGGUCAAACAAAGUUGUUUGUUUCGAGUAUACAGGUCUGGGUCUAAUUUUUUGUUAAAAAUGACCCGAGGUCCUACUAUAGUGCGUGUGGCGCCGAGUUCUGGCCGUGGUAUUAAGUGCUGUUGUUGUAGAUGCUGCGAAUGCAUAAAUUUUGGCUAUUUAACAUCACAACACGGAUUAAUUAAAUUAACGGAAGCUUUAUUGGGUUCCCUGUGCCAGAGUCUUCUCGUGAAGUAUGGUCUAUCAGAAGCCAGCAGCAUGGGCUCAGCUUUCCACGGAUUCCUUACUACAGCAUCAGCCUGUCUCCUUACAACAUCAUUACUCAUAGCUUGUUAUGUUCUCUCAUCAAAUUCACAGAGCUUAAUACGCCAGUCAAUAUUCGAGUGCGUAUUUAACUCGGUGGCAUGUUUCAUGUACCUGUCAGCGUCGUCGUAUAUGGGCGUUGCCGUAAACAUAUAUCUUUACCCACGCUAUGCUAUUGUAAAUAUGUACGCCGCAUAUCCCGCUAUGACUGCCGUAUAUUAUAUCGGAGUUGUGGUGGGCAUCGUUCAUGGAGUGGACGCUUAUAUAUCCUAUAAGUAUUACAAGGGAAUUCGAUAAAUGUUUU